GAGUCUUAACGGAUGAUAUUAUAGGUGUGGCCAUACCCAUUUAUAGAUAAUUUACGUCUUCGGUUUUAAAAUAGGGUGAAGUUUUUUUAUUAAAUGAAGUGAAAUACUCCAUCUUAGUAGUAAAAUAUAAAAAGAUUCCGAGAAGAAAUGUAAUAAUGAGUUGGCACUGUUUGUUAACCAAAAUCUGUCAAUAAAAAGGGCAAAGACAGAAGAGAGGCAGUCAAAUUAGAGAGAGAGAGAGAAACAAGUUUGUGCAAUAGAUGCAGAAGACAUAAUCGAAAGAGAUGGGGAGGGCUCCUUGCUGCGAUAAGGCAAAUGUGAAGAAAGGGCCAUGGUCGCCUGAAGAAGAUGCAAAACUUAAAGAAUUCAUCAAUAAGUACGGCCCCGCCGGAAACUGGAUUGCUCUCCCUCAAAAAGCUGGUCUGAAAAGAUGCGGUAAGAGCUGCAGGUUGAGAUGGCUCAAUUAUCUGAGGCCCAACAUCAAGCACGGUGAAUUUUCCGACGAGGAAGACGGAAUCAUCUGCACGCUAUAUGCAACCAUCGGAAGCAGGUGGUCGGUCAUAGCAUCUCAGUUACCGGGGAGAACAGACAACGAUAUCAAGAACUACUGGAACACAAAGCUCAAGAAGAAAAUCCUCGGAUUGAAUCAACCCAAAUUCCAACCACCAUUUUCGUCCCUCUCUAAUCUCUCGCAUUUGUACACCUCGUUUUUCGAUCAACCUAGGAAACCUCUCCCGCCCGACUCCAUAAACUUUGUAGCUCCACAAAAUAGUACUAUUCUCUACUCCAACACCGCCCAGCAGCAUGAGGAAUUUCACGCCUACUAUCCCAUAAAAGACAACAUGCUUGUCUUCGGACAGAACGACGCCGCCAGUUGCUCCUCCUCGGAUGGGAGCUGCAGCCAGAUCAGCUACGGCGCCAAGGACCGCGUCGUCAAAAAUGAACAAAUUGGAUUUCUGCACGGUUUCAUCGACAAUCCAAAUUCGUUGGCGCUUGAAGAUCCCUUGGGAUCGAUUUUCGAUCAUCACAAGCAAAGAAAUAUUGGGGUUUUGGAGAACAGUCAGUUGCAGUAUGAUCUAGAGGAAGUGAAGCAGCUCAUUACCAGUGGCGGCGGCGGGGGAGGAGGCGGCGGUUUGUUGUUCGGUGAUGAGAGCAAGGCUGAUGAAGCGAUGGGGAUGUACUACUUCUGAUUAUAUUGCCAAAAAAAAAAAAAAAAAUUAAUGAAGGGAUUGAGCUUAAUUUCUUUAAUAAUUGAUGGUAAAUAGUUAAUUUCUCUUCUCCUUUUUUUGCGCUUGUUUUAGGCAGAUUUUAAUGGAUAAUUUUGUGAGGUUAUCGUUGCUAUAAAUUCCCUUGUUACCGGUGGGUAAUUUGUUCUACUAUUACUAUAGUAUGUUGUUUUAAUCUAUAUAUUAUCUUUUGAUAAGAAUUAUUGACAUAAA